CCAAGGACUAAAAAUAAACUCUUCGUAUUUGUGUGUGAUAAAGGAGAAAUGGACCGCCCAGUGAGUCUUGACGAAAUACAUUUGUUAAUGGUCGGUAAAACCGGAUACGGAAAAAGCGCUACCGGAAAUUCUAUCCUCGACAAAAGGGUGUUUGAAAGCAAAGCCUGCGUGACCUCAGUGACGAAAGAAGUACAAAAAGGAGAUAACAUUAUCUGUGGCUCUCGUGUGUUCGUUGUCGAUGUUCCGGGGUUGUUUGAUACGGAAGUAAGCCCAGCAGAGCAAGAAGCUAUUGCGAGAGAUUCAAUGAAAAAGGGUUUUAAGCAAUCGAGAAGAUUCCACGCUUUAUUGUUUGUUGUGAAGUUCGGGGAGAGGUUUACUACCGAGGAUAGCGAUACGUUUAAAACCAUAAUGUCUGUCUACGGUAGAAAAGUGAUAAGAAAUUACGGCAUUUUGGUGUUUACGUACGGCGAUCAAGUUGAAGCCAGCGAAGAAGUGGCGUCUUUCCCAGACUGGCUGAAUAAACAGGAGGGCGAAGUUCAAAAAGUUCUCAACGAAUGUCAAGGACGGUACGUUUUGUUCAACAACCGCGCGAACGAUAUCGCAGAAAAAUGCGAGCAGCGAAAUACACUGCUGACGAUGGUGAGGACAUUGUCGUCCGGAAAUGACACGUUUGGAAAAUCGGAUGUCAUUUCCGUCGAGGAUAAAAGAUGCAUUACCGAUAUUAAAGAACAAAAUCAACUGAAGUUUUCUGAAAUCGAUUCAAGGGUUGAUAAAAUCAAGGCUGAUUACCGAAAUGAUCACGAUAUUGAAAAGCACGAUGAGAAAAUUUUUGAACUGGAAAUAGAAUUAUCAGGAAGAAAAUCCUAUCUUGAGGAAAUGGACGGCGGGACCGAAAAGUUUUCCGAGCUCAUCGGCGACGUGACCGGAAAAAUCGUCAAAUUACAAGAAGAACGGCUUGCUACUGACAUGUGCAUUGAUGAUGUCUGCAUGCUUUCCCGUCUGUCUAUGAUUGAUAACAGUUGACGUCUAUGUUAUUACUAAUAAUUUUUACAUCAGUUAAGAUGAUUCGCAAAAAGCAAGAUUAUCUCACAACAGAUUAUUUGAUUUUGCUGUAAACAGCGUGAUCAGAGUUUAAAAAAAAAGUCUCAACAAAAUUCAAAUUUGCUUUUUGUACUCGAUGCAGCAGUCAGCGACUAGAAAAUGCCUAAUAUAAACCCCAGCAUUGAGUGUGGCGCCGAGACAUAGCAGACGACACAGACGGCCAUACAGAUUGUCUUGACUUUCAUAACCAGCUGUCUUAGAAGAUCUCUUGUGGAGUCUAGUUGGCCGCACACCAAAAGCCAAAACAACAAGCAACGUAAUAGGAACAUUUGGCAAAUAAACCAUAGUUUCUU